AUGAAUAGACCCAAUAGUCAGACUAAUGAUUACUUUAAUUUAAUUGAGAAAUGCGUAUAAAUUCCCAAGGAUGAUAGACUCUAUCUUAGAUAAUGUGCACAUUAAAACAAUCCAGAUAUCAUCUCAAUCCUAUUUCAAUUUAAGAGGAAAAAUGACCAAAGAAGAUUAUAUAUGGAUUUACGGAAAUUUUUGUAACAGAACAAAUAGGUCCGCGUUCUUUAGAAGAAAUAAUAGUAAUCUAAGGAAAAUCUUAGAAAUGGAUCUCCCUAAGCCAAAAGCAAAUAAUAAUCCAGAUAGAAUAGCAUAAGAAACAAUAAUCCAAGAUCAUUGAGCAAAUAACUAUUAUGUAUCAAUCCAUCUGAUAAAUCUUAACAUUUACUGAUGACUACUCCACAUAAAUAAUAGUAAGACAGAUUAUCUUAGAAUUAAAAAUUCCAUACUAGUAGUGGAGGAUUCUUUAAAGAAGUGCAAAGGUUUGAUGAAACAAUUAAGAAAUCCCAUAAAUAGAAAAAAUGGACUGAAGAAGAAAUUGUGAGGAAAUAUGCUGAUUUAUUUACAGCACCUGAUUUUCUAAAGAAACAUAGAGCAAUAUCUUAAGAUACAGAUCCAGAUAGCAAAGAUUUUAAUUUUGCAAUUCCAUGUCAAAGUUUCAUUUGUUAACCUAAAUAUUAUGCUUUGUAGAAAUUUAGUGCAGAACAAAUAUUUGGAUUUAUCUAUAUGGAGACAUCGUUAAUCAAAAUAAGCAAGAAUUUCUUUUAGUACAAAAUGGAGGCAUUUUACAAUGAGAUUGAUGCUGAAAUACCAGAUCUGCAAGAAAUGUUCAUGUUUAUAGACAAAAAGAAUGAUGGUUUUAUUGAUGUCAAUGAAAUGGGAUAAUUUCUUGAUUUUGUUUGUUAAAAAGAAGAUAGAUCAAUUUUCAUGAAAUUAGACGCAAAUAACUAAGGAUACUUUACGGAACACUAGAUGCUUUAAUAAACUAGAGAUCGAUAAUUUACAAGAAACUAUUUUUUCGAGUUUGACAUUGAGUAGUCAGGAAAGAUUACCUAUUGGGAGUAUUACUUAAGGUAACCUACUUAAUUAGGACAGCAUUUAAAUAAAUUACUAAAAUGA